UCUGGGCAUGCGCACAUGGAGGCGGGGCGGGGCGGAAGUCGCGCGUGCGCAGAGGCAGAGCUCACCGGCUGCUGCGGGGCCGGGCUGAGCGGCAGGGUCUGUGCCGGGGCGACCUUCAUUAACCCCCCCGCGCCCGGCCCGCGCCCUGCUCCCGCUGGGGCCGCCCCGGGCCCUGCCCGCCCCGCUGCCGAGCUGCCGCCUCCAGGCUGCAGAACGACGUCCAUGUUUCACUCCAGCUCCUCCCAUCCUCCCAUGGGACCGGGAAGAGAAAUGGCUGCAGUGGAGCCAGCUCAGGGGCCGGUGACCUUCGCGGAGGUGGCUGUGUAUUUCACCAGGGAAGAGUGGGCUCUGCUGCACCCUGCUCAGAGAGCUCUCUACAGAGAUGUCAUGAAGGAGAACUAUAAGAAUGUGACCUUGCUGGCAGGGUUUCCAGUUUCCAAACCUGAUGUGAUCUCCCAGCUGGAACAAGGGGAAGAGCCAUGGGUCCCAGAGGGAAGAGAGAUCCUGAGAGCUCCCUGCACAGUUUCUAUCUCUAUCACAGCAGGUGAUGCAAUGCUCUGUGAGAAGGAGGAGCAGAAUUCUCAGCAGGAAAAUGUUGAGCAAGUAGAUAAACACAGAGAAUUAUCGCAAAGAUGGAAAAGGAAUGUGUCCAGGAGUCAUGAGCAGGGAAAAUCCUUUGCGAUUCAUCACAGACCAGAAAGAGAGCAGGGAAACCAGCCAUUGGAGAAAAUGGGUAAAUUUAUUUCCUGUCGAGGAACUCAGCAGGGCCUCAAGAAAACCACAUCCCAGCAGGAAAUCCUCAGCAGAAAGAGGAAAAAUACAUGCAGUGAGUGUGGAAAAAGCUUCACCAACAGAUCAUCCCUUUCUAAUCAUCAGAGAAUCCACACAGGGGAGAGGCCCUAUGAAUGCAGUGAGUGUGGGAAAAGCUUCAUUCAAAGAUCAGGCCUUUUUCAGCAUCAUAGAGUCCACACAGGGGAGAGGCCCUAUGAAUGCUGUGAGUGUGGGAAAAGCUUCACUUGCAGCUCAGCCCUUUCUACUCAUCAGAGAAUCCACACAGGGGAGAGGCCCUAUGAAUGCCGUGAGUGUGGAAAAUGCUUUAACAGGAGCUCAGACCUUUCUAUACAUCAGAGAAUCCACACAGGGGAGAGGCCCUAUGAAUGCCAUGAGUGUGGGAAAACCUUCCUUUGGAACUCAGCCCUUUCUAAUCAUCAGAGAAUCCACACAGGGGAGAGGCCCUAUGAAUGCAGUGAGUGUGGGAAAAGCUUCAUUCAAAGAUCACACCUUUUUCACCAUCAGAGAAUCCACACAGGGGAGAGGCCCUAUGAAUGCAGUGAGUGUGGGAAAAGCUUCACUGAAAGAUCAGCCCUUUUUGAGCACCAGAGAAUCCACACAGGGGAGAGGCCCUACAAAUGCAGUGAGUGUGGGAAAAGCUUCAGUCAAAGAUUAGGCCUUUUUCAGCAUCAAAGAAUCCACACAGGGGAGAGGCCCUAUGAAUGCAGUGAGUGUGGGAAAACCUUCAUUAGGAGCUCAGCCCUUUCUAAUCAUCAGAGAAUCCACACAGGGGAGAGGCCCUACGAAUGCAGUGAAUGUGGGAAAAGCUUCAUUCGAACAACAGACCUUUUUCACCAUCAGAGAAUCCACACGGGGGAGAGGCCCUAUGAAUGCAAUGAGUGUGGGAAAAGCUUCAUUAGGAGCUCAGCCCUUUCUAAUCAUCAGAGAAUCCACACAGGGGAGAGGCCCUACAAAUGCAGUGAAUGUGGGAAAAGCUUCAUUCGAACAGCAGACCUUUUUCAGCAUCAGAGAAUCCACACUGGGGAGAGGCCCUACAAAUGCAGUGAGUGUAGGAAAACCUUCACUAGGAGCUCAUCCCUUUAUAAACAUCAGAGAAUCCACACAGGGGAAAAUCCCUAUGAAUGCCGUGAGUGUGGGAAAAGCUUGACUCAAAGAUCAGAACUUUCUAAUCAUCAGAGAAUUCACACAGGGGAAAGGCCCUACAAAUGCAGUGAGUGUGGGAAAACCUUCUCUAGCAGCUCAGCCCUUUCUAGUCAUCAGAUAAUUCACACAAAGGAGAGGCCCUACGAAUGCAGUGAGUGUGGGAAAAGCUUCACUCAAAGAUCAGGCCUUUCUGCUCAUCAGAGAAUCCACACAGGGGAAAGGCCCUACAAAUGCAGUGAGUGUGGGAAAAGCUUCAUUGAAAGAUCAGCCCUUUUUCAGCAUCAGAGAAUCCACACAGGGGAGAGGCCCUAUGAAUGCAGUGAGUGUGGGAAAAGCUUCAUUGAAAAAUCAGGCCUUUUUCGGCAUUAUAGAAUCCACAGAGGGGAGAGGCCCUACGAAUGCAGUGAGUGUGGGAAAAGCUUCAUUGAAAGAUCAGCCCUUUUUCAGCAUCAGAGAAUCCACACAGGGGAGAGGCCCUAUGAAUGCAGUGAGUGUGGGAAAAGCUUCAUUGAAAAAUCAUCCCUUUUUCAGCAUCAGAGAAUCCACACAGGGGAGAGGCCCUACGAAUGCAGUGAGUGUGGGAAAAGCUUCAUGCAAAGAUCACACCUUUUUGACCAUCAGAGAAUCCACACCGGGGAGCGGCCCUAUCAAUGCAGUGAGUGUGGGAAAAGAUUUAUUCGAAGAUCAAAACUUUUUAAGCAUCAGAAAAUCCACACAAGGGAGAGGCCCUACAAAUGGAUUGAGUCUGGGAAAAGCUUCACGAACAGCUCAGCCCUUUCUGCUCAUCAGAGAAUCCACAAAGGGGAGAGGCCCUACAAAUGCGGUGAGUGUUGGAAAAGCUUCAAUAGCAGCUCAGCGCUUUCUAAUCAUCAGAGAAUCCACACAGGGGAGAGGCCCUAUGAAUGCAGUGAGUGUGGGAAAAGCUUCUUUCAAAGAUCCCACCUUUUUCACCAUAAGAGAAUCCACACCGGGGAGACGCCGUAUGAAAGCAGUGAGUCUGGGAAAAGCUUCACGAGCAGCUCAGCCCUUUCUUAUCGUCAGAGAAUCCACACAGGGGAGAGGCCCUACGAAUGCCGUGAGUGUGGGAAAACCUUCACUAGCAGCUCAGCCCUUUCUUCUCAUCAGAGAAUCCACACCGGGGAGAAGCCCUACGAAUGCUGUGUGUGUGGGAAAUGCUUCACUAGGAGCUCAGACCGUUCUAAACAUCAGAGAAUCCACACAGGGGAGAGGCCGUAUGAAUGCAGUGAGUGUGGGAAAAGCUUCACUCAAAGAUCAGACCUUUGUUAUCAUCAGAGAAGCCACACAGGUGAGAGGCCCUACGAAUGCAGUGAGUGUGGGAAAACCUUCACUAGGAGCUCAUCCCUUUAUAAACAUCAGAGAAUCAACACAGGGGAGAGGCUCUGUCAUAAAUAUAAAGGGCAGGGUAAACACCUUUAAAAUCCCUCCUGGCCAGAGGAAAAACCCUUUCACCUGUAAAGGGUUAAGAAGCUAGGAUAACCUUGCUGGCACGUGAUCAAAAUGACCAGUGAGGAAACUGUCUGUGUGAUGCUUUUGCCGGGAAGAGAAAAGGAAUGAAGUCUUAGAACUUAGUAAGUAAGCUAACUAGAUAUGCUGUAGAUUCUGUUUUGUUGAAAUGGCUGAUAAAAGAAGUUGUGCUGAAUGGAAUGUAGAUUCCUGUUUUUGUGUCUUUUUGUAACUUAAGGUUUUGCCUAGAGGGAUUCUCUAUGUUUUGAAUCUGAUUACCCUGUAAGGUAUUUACCAUCCUGAUUUUACAGAUGUGAUUCUUUUACUUUUUUUCUUCAAUUAAAAUUCUUUUAAGAA